GAUGGCAGCGGCAGCGCGCCCUCUGCUGCGCGGUAUGGAGAUGAAGAUCGGGACUCCUCCCCUGCUGCAGACCCGAGCACAUCUACAGCUCUUCCUGCGGUGUGACAGCGCAUUGUGUUUCUCUCUUUCCCCUUCACUUCAUUUCUUUCUGCAUUGAGCCAUUGAUCAGAAAUAUCUGCAACUUCCCUGUCUCCAUCAUCAGGACGGACUUAGGGUCGGAGCGCCUUUCUCUUACAAUGGGAAACAGAGACGAUGAAUACGAUUUCUUGUUCAAAGUUGUUCUGAUCGGAGAUUCUGGAGUGGGGAAGAGUAACCUGCUUUCGCGCUUUACGCGCAAUGAGUUUAACCUGGAGAGCAAGAGCACCAUCGGGGUCGAGUUCGCCACCAGGAGCAUUCAAGUGGACGGGAAGACCAUCAAAGCGCAGAUCUGGGACACUGCGGGCCAGGAGAGAUACCGGGCCAUUACAUCUGCGUAUUAUCGUGGAGCCGUGGGUGCGCUGCUGGUGUAUGACAUUGCCAAACAUCUGACAUAUGAGAAUGUAGAACGCUGGCUGAAAGAGCUGCGAGAUCACGCCGACAACAACAUCGUCAUCAUGCUGGUGGGGAAUAAGAGUGACCUGCGGCACUUGAGGGCAGUGCCCACCGAUGAGGCUUUCGCUUUCGCAGAGAAAAAUCGCCUUUCAUUUAUUGAGACGUCUGCCCUGGAUUCAACCAAUGUGGAGGAGGCGUUCAAGAACAUUCUAACAGAAAUUUACCGUAUCGUAUCACAGAAGCAGAUCGCCGAUCGAUCGGCCCACGACGAGUCGCCGGGAAACAACGUGGUGGACAUCAGUGUCCCGCCGACCACAGACGGACAGAAGGGCAACAAACUGCAGUGCUGUCAAAACCUGUAACCAUGAAAACCAGCCCCAACCAGCUGUCACUCAUUUCUGAUUUACUCUACACGUUGUUGCUCUGUUCUCAGCUUUAUUUGUGUAAUGUAUAUAUAUUUCUCUUUUUGAUAGCUCGUCAGCUCACAUGUUACUGCCAUGAAGUAAAAUUUUACAGAACCUGUUUAUUGUCUUCCGGAGUGUGAUUAAACAAACAAACAAACAUA